AUGACGAGCAUGCAUCUGCUACCCGAUUCUCAUGCCAGCAGUGUCGAUCAAGAAAGGUUAAAUGCGAUCGGACUCGGCCUCGUUGCGACCGAUGCACCAGAUCAACUUGAACGACUGGCGAGAGCUGUCGAAAAGCCUUCUGCGGCUGAAGAAUCCCAGAAUCAACAGUCAUUUCAGCAGCACCCGGAUGAGUUCAUGUUCAGCAAUGAGACUGAGCCUCUCACAUCACAGUCAUUAGGGGCAACUUCUAGCUUUUACCAAUCGCAACCAGGCAAUUCAUAUACGGGCCUGGUGUCACUCGGGCUAUUUGAGCAACAGCCUCCACCAGACCUUGCUCUUCUACUAACCAAUGUUUACUUCGACAAGUGGCACUUCGCAGCCCCGAUGCUUCGACGAGGUCGCUACAUGAUGUCAUUACACUUGCCACCUCAUAUGCGUCCGCCUAUGUGUCUCCAGUACAUCAUACUAGCCCUUGGUGCAGACAUGACCAAAAUAUAUAGGAAAUUGGCAAUCCCAUUCUACCAGCGCUCUCGGACAUACAUGCAAUCAGACGAGAUGAAAGGAGAGGGCCAACACUUUACCACGAUUGCGCACGCACAAGCCUGGAGUUUGAUAGCGAAUUUCGAAGCACAACAGCUUUUUUUUCCCAAGGCGUCAAUGAGCCUUGGCAGAGCUAUCAGAAUCGCCCAGAUGAUCGGACUUGACCGCGUUGAUGGACAGAGCGUGAAUUUGUUUCCCUUGUUCUCACCACCACGAGACUGGGCAGAAGCAGAAGAAAUGCGUAGAACGUGGUGGGUUGUUUACUGCUCCGAUCGUCUGAUAUGCGGCAGCACUGGUUGGCCAGCAUUGAUCAAUGAGCAAGACAUUGACACUCACCUCCCUGCUUCUGAGACAUCAUUCGAAGCAGGCUUGGAAGAGCGCACAAGCCCUUUAACAAGUAUACUGCAUCUAGAGGGCCAGAAUCUUUCUUCAUUCGCAGCACGAGUCUUGGCCGCAUCUCUUUUUAAUCAAGCCUUCCAACAUUCAACCCAGGCUGCUUCAGAUAAAGACGGGCAGGACAUCCAAACAAGUUUACACUGGAAGCGCCAUCGCGAGAUUGAUAAUGACCUAGCUGUGUUUCUUCACUACCUUCCAGACGACGUCAAACUUCCCAGCAGCAUACGCUGUCAAAACGCCACUUUCGUCAACAUCAUUCUUCACACCUCUGUGAUCUUCCUUCACAGGGCAGCCAUAUUGACGAUGCAAAAGCUCGGGAUUUCCGGAGACAUGGUCCAUCAGAGUAGGGCCCGGCUGAUUGCCGCGGCAGAGGAAAUUCUUAACAUCCUGAAGAUGAUGCCAGAUGUCAACGACAUGCUCAAGAAUCCGAUGCUGGCCUUUUCGAUAUACAUGGCGUCGUUGGUCUUUCUUGAUCGGCCGACAUCGACUCAACCAGACUAUCAACAGCAGAAUAACCUCGACUUCACCCUCCGUCUUAUGAUCUUGGCAGCCAAAACUUGGGGUAACCCUGUGACAAGAUCUAUGGCUAUCCAGUUGGCUGUGGACAUGCGGCAACGUGGUUUGGAGUCGGUAACAGUCGAAAAGGCAAGCGAGCUGCCACUGGAGAGAAGUACUGUUCCCAUCCUUGCAAAAGGGGACAACGACUCGUCAAAUUUCCUAUUUCAACUCAAAUCUCACAAUUCCGAAAGCUCGCCUGGUGCCACGGGCGCUUGGGCCUCGAUCCGAAUGAGUAUGAGCAUUGAGGCUUGUCAAAACCAACCCGAGUAUGUCAGACUAGAAGCUGAACAGCCUCUUCGAAAGAUGUGGUACUGCACGACUUGGCUGUGA